CCUUAAUCCACGAAAUUAUGUCCCCAAGAUGUCCAGACACCCUUAUCCAAUAUCCAGUCUCCGUCGCCGCUUCUUCUUCGGCUCGUCGACUCUGCUGGCUCCAUGAUGCUGCUGUUACCUCUUAAUUCAACGACCGGUAAUAAAGAGUAGAGUGAGUUUCAUCCUUUUCAGUGGCAAUGGCGCUAUUUCGUGGUCCCAGCUUCCCGUCAACGGCCAACCUCUCCGUAGAACACCAACUUCGCCCGCUCUACUCUCUCCACAAUUCUCCCCAUCCUUCCACCGGCAAUCUCUCCUUUUAUCCCUCGCCUUCCCCGUUUCAUCUUCUACGCCUCUCCCUUGCAUAUCCCUCAAGCGCUAGAUCCAAAAAAAAUUCUCCUUUUCUGCCGAUAUCUGCCACUGCACCCCAGGAACUAGCGUUUACUUCCUCUCCUCCGGAUGUUUCCGAUGACAGCCAACCAACUGAGAUACAAGCUGAAGAAUUUUCUGGAACCAGGUUGCUUGCUCAGAACCUACCUUGGACUAGCACUCCUGAAGACGUUCGUUCUUUGUUUGAGAGGCAUGGAAGAGUCCUGGACGUUGAGCUAUCGAUGUAUAAUAAGACUAGAAACAGGGGUUUGGCAUUCGUUGAAAUGGGCUCGGAAGAAGAUGCUCUUGCGGCUCUGAAAAGUCUCGAAUCGUAUGAAUAUGAAGGGCGAAUACUGAGACUUGCAUAUGCUAGGCCAAAAAAGCAGAAAGCUCCACCUCCUGUGCAGCAGAAGACAGUAACAUUUAACAUAUUUGUUGCAAAUUUGUCGUAUGAGGCGAGGUCUAAAGAUCUCAGGGAGUUUUUUGAUUCAGGAAGUGGUACUGUUGUUUCUGCCGAGGUCAUAUUUCAUGACAACCCUAGAAAGUCCGCUGGUUAUGGAUUUGUAUCAUUCAAGUCUAAAAAAGAAGCCGAGGCUGCCCUUUCUGAUUUCCAAGGGAAGAUUUUUAUGGGAAGGCCAAUCAGGGUGGCACGGAGUAAGCAGUUUGUUAAACAACCAAUAGAGGAGAGUACAAGGGCUGGAGAUACAUCUUCUGAGACCAGCGUGGAUGGGCUAGAAGCAGAAAAAGCUGAUUGAUUCCAUCCUAUAUUGUGGUUUGCUUUGCACCCUUAAACAGAGAUCCAUUUGUUACAAGGAUUAAAUAGCCGUACUCAUCCAAUAUCUGAGAGUCAGUAAAGUCUUUCUUGUAAACAAAUGCAAGAGGAUUCAAUUUUGUUUAUUGCCAUAUGCCAUGCUGUCACAGUUGUCUGAAUGCUAUUAUAUCUAAUUGAAAUUUUAAGAGGGAAGCUCUAUGUAAUUAUUUUACCUAAAUACGUUUUACACUA